AUGUCUGAACUCCUUGUCAGUGCGUUAAUAUCUGUUCUGUUUGAGAAGUUGGACUCUGAAUCCUUGAUGAGCAAGUUCCUUCCUCUACUGGGCGAGUUGAAGACCAAGUUGACUGCAAUCCAAGCUGUGAUUCUUGAUGCUGCGGAGAAGCAGCUGACGGCCAACAUAGCUGUUAAACGUUGGCUGAACAAGCUAACGCAUCUGUCAUAUGACAUAGAAGAUAUACUGAAUGAUUUGAUCGCUGAGUCCAUGAGGCGCCGGUUGAAGAAGAAUGCCACCAGCACCACUAAAAAGGUAUUAAAGCCCAUCCCUACAUAUGUUGGCAACACUAUGUAUGAUCGUAAGAUGGUAUCUAAGCUACAUUUGAUUACUCUCGAAUUGCAACAUCUUUAUGAGGAGAGUAAUGAGCUGGGUGUGUCUUUGAUAGAUAAAAUAAUACCGAAUAGGAUGAAUAGAUCAUCAGAUCAGGAAACUUCAUGUGUAGCGUAUGAGUCGGAAAUUUUUGGCAGAGAAGGAGAUAAACAAGUAUUGCUCCCGAUGCUGUUGGGAAAUAAUGAUCAGAAUUAUGUCAAGGUGGUUAUUGCCAUAGUUGGAAAGGGAGGCAUAGGCAAAACCACCAUGGCGAAGGUUUUGUUCACCGACGACCAAGUGAAAGGUUACUUUGAACCCAUGGCGUGGAUUCAUGUUGGCAAUGAACCGAAGAAUAUGCUUGAUAUGUACCAGACCCUUUUUCAAUCCUUAGAUGGGAGCACCAACGAGCCUAAUUUCCAUGAUCUAAAUUUACUUCUACCUGCCCUUAACGAAAAACUUACUGCAAAAAGGUUCCUCUUGGUUUUCGAUGAUGUGUGGAAUGUUGACAGCUACAUGUGGAAGAACCUACUCCAACACCUUUGUGAUGUAGGAUUACCAGGAAGUAAAGUUAUUGUCACAACCAGGAUCACCGAAAUCACAUAUGAGGUGCCAUCCGUUGAAGUUUACCCCCUUAAGGGUUUGUCAUGUGAAAGUGCACACUGUCUAUUUCAUCGAGAAGCACUACGUACCCCGUCUCUCAAUUCAGAUCGAGCUUAUAAAUAUUACGUUGAACGUAUCGUGAAGAAAUGUGAUGGAUCUCCUUUGGCUUUGAGAACCCUUGGGCGGCUCUUGUGUACAAAUCUUAGAGAUAAACAUUGGGAGUUUUCGAAUUCUGAGAUAGAGGAUCUGAUUAACGAUUUUGAUCAGAUAAUUCUCAGAACAAGUUACCAAGAUCUCUCUGCUCCUAUGAAGCGGAUGUUCGCAUAUUUCUCCUUCUUCCCCCGUGGGUAUGUGUUCGAUAAGGCUGAACUAGUUCUACUAUGGAUGGCGGAAGGGUUUUUAUGCGAAUCAGACGGUGGCAGCAAGUCAAUGGAGAGUUUGGGUGAUGAGUACUUUGAACAUCUCAAGUCCAGGGCAUUUUUUCAGCAUUCGGCUAAUGAGGAAACGCAAUAUACAAUGCCGGAUCCGAUACAUGAGUUGGCCAUAAGCAUUGCACAAGACUACUUCUUCUUGUUGGAUGAUGGAAAGAAGGAUAGUAAUGGUGCUUCAAUGAAUUUCCAUCACUUUUCGUUUAUUCGUCAACGAUUUGAAGUAAAGUUAGGGCUGCUACAAAACCCUAGACGCUUGAGAACUUUCUUAGCGAUGCCUGUCAGGGUAGAGGUAGAUGAAGGCCAAAGGUUUUGCUUAUCUGACAAGGUUCUUCGUCGAUUGCUUCCAAAAUUACAGUCCUUAAGGGUGCUAAGUCUGACAGGUUAUCCAAUCACAAAGAUACCAAAUUCCAUUGGUAGUCUCAAGCAUAUCAAGUACAUCAACUUCUCGCAAACUGACAUCAGACGUUUACCAGAACAAGUUUGUGAGCUCUAUGAGCUACAGAGCUUGUUACUUUGUGGCUGUAGAAACCUACAUAGCUUGCCCAAAAGUUUUGUAAAGUUAAAAAACCUAAGACAUCUUGACCUUAGUGAUACUCCAAGUCUGAACAAGUUACCCUCAGGGAUUGGUGGGUUGACGAAUUUGCAAACUCUACCCAAGGUGAUUAUUGAUGAAGCUAAUGGCUUCAAAAUAUCCAACCUUCAAUUUCUGAAGCAUCUACGAGGCCGGCUAUCCAUUGAGGGGCUGCAUAAUGUGAAAGAGGCAAAUCAAGCACGCGAAGCUAAGUUGGAACAGAAGAAUGGUCUUGAUGAUCUGGUGCUGGAAUGGAGUGAGAACCCUCUGAAAGAGAUGCCUCACCCGAGUCUCGAUGUCGCUGUUGAACCUCCGAGAGAGAGAACUGAACACGACAUACUUGAAAUGCUACAGCCUCAUAGUGGUUUGAAAACUCUAGAAAUUUUGUAUUAUGGGGGAAUGGAGUUUCCUAGGUGGGUUGGGGAUCAAUCAUUUAAUCAAUUGACACAACUCACGUUACAUGGAUGUAAGAGGUGUCACUGUUUACCAACACUGGGGCAUUUAAAAUCACUUAAGAAGUUGUUUGUUGAAAGCAUGAAUAAGGUAGAUACAUUAGAUAAUUAUGACUUCCUUGGAAGUAACAAUGAUCCAUUUGCGUCCCUUGAAGUUCUGGGAUUUAAAAAUAUGAGAGGUUGGCACAGUUGGACUUUCAGAUAUACGGAGGCUUCAUUACCUCCUCGUCUUCGUGAGCUUUCUAUAAUAAAUUGCCCAAACCUUAUUGUACAGCCGUAUCGAUCAAUACCGUCACUUCCGUUUUUACAUAUAGAAAGAUGUUAUUAUGUAACUUUAAGAAAUAUUGUCAGAAUGUGUCCACCAAUUGUUCGGUUGAGGAUAGAUAGUGUUUCAAGACUUUCUAAACUAGAAACACCAGUUUUAGAACUUGGGACACUUCAAUAUCUCUGCAUCACAAAGUGCCAUGAUUUGAGGUGCGUGUGGGGAUCAGAAUCAGCUACAUGCAAUAUUCUAGUGAAUUUACAGAAAUUGGAAGUUCGCUCCUGCAAAAAUCUGGAAUCACUGGGAGCGGAAGACGUUAACUCAGAGAUUAUCCAGCUGGAAUCUGUUACAGAUGUGACUCUUUGUAACUGUGAGAGGCUACAGAGUUUCAACUGUCCAAAAAGACUCGAGAGGUUAGUGAUCAAUAAUUGCCGUUCGAUUACAUCUUUGUCCUUUCCAGCAGUCCCAGCACUGGGUCUGAAGAUUCUUGACAUUCAGCGUUGUUCCAGUCUGGAAGUGAAUUGGCUUUACAAAUGGUCUCAACGUACAGUGUUUCCUGUUGCAUGUUUUGUUCAUAUGACAAAAUUAAUAAUCAUGGGUUGUGAUAACAUAGAGUACAUCUCUGAGGAAGGUUUUGGUAUUCUUCAAUCCCUAAGAUAUCUUGAGCUCAUUAGUUGCAAGAGUAUGAAGUAUUUUCCUCAUAUGUAUUUGCAACGUCUCGAAUCUUUGGUUGAGCUAUCAGUAACCAAUUGUCCACACAUGGAUAAGUAUUUCCCUUGUGGGUUUUGGCCUCCUAAUUUAGAAAGCCUAAGAAUAGGACGUUUGAAAAAGCCAAUGUCACAGUGGGGGAUUCAAGAUUUCCCCCCCUCACUUGUUAAUCUAUGCUUACUUGGUGAAAAUUCAGGGGUGGUUUCAUUUGCAAAGGAAAAUGAUACGCGUGACGAAAUUAUUAAUUCAUCAUCAUUUCUUCUUCCAUCAUCUCUGACCUUUCUAAAGAUCAUCGGAUUUAGGCGUUUGGGAUCACUUUCAGAAGGCCUGGACCACCUUAAAAGCCUUAAACAACUUCCUGAAACUGCAAGAAAGGUGUCGUGA